UCUGUAUGGUUGCUUAAAAGCACGAGCAACAAAGAUUUUUACUGUAACUACUAAAGAGCAAACAUCCACUACAGUCAUCUACAGAUAAAAGCUUUAAGCUUUGAUGAUGAUCAUCACAAAUCUGCUCAUCCGGACAUUUAUCUAUCUAAAUCUUAUAAUGAUCCUCAUGACAAGUCCGACUCUGACAUUUAAAAUUUUAAAAACAUCAUCUAAGAGGCAUCAGGAUAUAACUCGUGACGCGAUUUUACAGACAACAGCCAAUAUCUGCAGAUCACGAGCAAUCCAGGAGGGACGAAAUUUCGAUAUGCCAGACACACUGACAGUGCGGUCAGUGGCAAGAAGUUGUUACUCAUCUGAUUCAUCCAAAGAUUUUCAAAGCAGCAUAAAUUACAUUAAUGACCACAAUGCUUUUGUUGAUAUUAAGCAUUUUUUUGAUGCCCCUUACCAUUUUGACAAUGAGGAGAUUUUGGCUGGACGAGAACUUAUUACUAAAGGACGUUUUGCUGUCAAAUACAGUGUCAAGGAGCAGAACUAUCGAGCUGCCAGAGAAUCCCUUGGGAAAAUCCUACACACUUUGCAGGAUUUCUAUAGUCAUAGUAACUGGAUUGAAAUGGGAAAAACAGAACCAUAUUCCAACCUGAUUAAGCCAGAAAUCCCAAUUAACAACAUAGCAGAUUCAGAAACAUGCAGGAAAUGUCCUGAUGACAACUGCAUGGGAAACAUCUUAGAGGAUGUCAUUAUACAGCAGAAAAUAACAACAGGAUACUUUGGAACUUACAAACCACAAGGAAAGUGUAGUCAUGGAGGAGCAGGCGAUCUAACAGCUCUAGGGCAAGGUGGCAUAAAUAAGGAUAGUACAACCGCUAGUCAUGGUUCUCUACAUGAAGCAGCAGCAUCAGUAGCCACUGCUGCUACCAGAGAAGUACUGCAGGACAUAAGAGCAGCAGUUGGAGAUUCUGAGUUCCUUAGAAUGUUGGGACUCAGCCAGACAUCGGUGCUUUGUUUUGUUAUCGACACCACUAGCAGCAUGUCUGAUGACAUUAACGAAGUCAGGAGAAUUACUUCAUCUAUCAUUGACAGUAACACAGGCACUUCAUCUCAAAGUUCAGAAUACAUCCUGGUGCCAUUCAAUGACCCUGAUUAUGGCCCACUUAUACGAACAAAUGAUCCUGAUGUGUUUAAACAGCAACUCAAUGCACUUACAGCUGUUAAUGGAGGAGAUUCUCCAGAAAUGAGUCUCUCAGGACUCCAGCUCGCCCUCACUGGAUCUCCAGCACAAACACAAAUUUUUGUUUUUACUGAUGCUGAUGCAAAAGAUAAAUGGUUAAAAAACACUGUGCAAGCAUUGAUUGAAAGAACAAAGUCUGUAGUGACUUUCAUGCUGACUAACACCAUUAGUUCUCGGCGUCGCAGGAGAGCUGGCCGUGCAGAUGGCCAGCAACUAGUCUCUCCUCAGCUGUUCAAUUCAAAAGUCUACCAGGACCUGGCUCAGGCCUCCGGGGGCAGCGCUAUUGAGGUCACCAAAGAUACUCUGUCCCAAGCUACUGAUAUUAUUGCAGUUACAUCCAGAUCUACACUGGUCACACUUUUCCAGGCUGUAAGAAACCCAGCAAAAGCUGAAAAAUUUUCAGCACUUGUGGAUACUUCUGUGCAAAACCUAAUCAUUUACAUAACAGGGAACUCUCCAGAAUACACCAUCACUAGUCCCUCAGGAGUCUCACAGAGCAGCACUGAACAGAAUGGGGCUUUGGGGAUUAUUCAGAAAGUUGGUAACUUUCACACAGUGCAACCAAAUAUUGCAGAUCAGACUGGAUGGUGGGUUUUUGACAUUAAAUCAACACAGCCCUACAGCAUCAGAGUUGUUGGUCAAAGCGGGGUUGACUUCCUCUUUGACUUUGUAGAAUUUUCACAAGGGCUUCAUGCAAGCUAUGUUGCAUUAAACAGCAGGCCUUUAGCAAACAACAAUGUUACACUGUUGGUGACCAUGGUCGGUGGGGAUACCAUACAGCCUACAGAGGUGUCUCUGAUAGAAACUUCAACUUCAAAUUCUUUUAACGGGAUACUAGAAUUGGUAGCUAGUGGGCAGUACAUGCUGACCUUCAACAGCAUCCCAGCAGGAAAGUUCACUGUUCGUGUGGUUGGACAGCUCAGUCCCUCUCGAUCUUCAGAUAACACCUUUCAGAGACAGUCACCAACUCAAUUCCAGACAUCAAGUGUGAACAUAACUACUCAACCAGUUGGAACAAUGGAACCAGGAAAACAAUUCAUUCUGCCUUUCACAGUUGCAACCGGUGACACUGGAGGAAUCUUUAAUAUCAGUGUCAGCAAUGAUCGCAAUUUUGACACUCAGUAUAACUCAUCUAUCACUCUUGUGAGUGGGGUCAGUGCGAAUGGCACAGUAACUCUAUCUGUUCCUGGAAAUACUCCCUCUGGAACUGAUGUCACUGUGACAAUUGCAGCUGAAGCACCAAAUGCAAGCGACUUCAACUAUGUGGUGCUGCGUCUUUCUGUCAUUGCUCCGGUUAAAGAUAUUAUUCCUCCAGUAUGUACCGCAGUUAAUGUAAAUGCUAACUGCUCAGGCAACUGCAGCUUCUCCUCAUGGUCCUUCACUGCAAAUGUGACUGAUGUGUCAGGAAUCCAGAGUGUAAGAGUCCUCAAGGGAAACGGCACACUUCACACCACCAGUGAGCUCAGUGCCACAGGCGUGAAUGUCACUAUGGUAGAAUAUAGCUCAUCUUGCUGUUCCAGAGUUUUGGAACUUGUUGCUGUGGAUACAGUGGGAAAUGUUGCCACCUGCUUCAAAUCUAAAGCUGCACCAAGCCUCCUCACUCAUGGUGCAGAAUUUAUAUUGUUUUUACUAAUCUGUCUUUGGUUUCAUAUAGGAAUCUCAAUUUACUGAUUAUUCCAGCACUAAGAAGAAUAUCUAAAUGUAUCUAUAUAUCUGAAGUAGAAUAAGAUCAGCAUAAAAAGUAAGUACUACACUAGAAGGAAAUCUUACUUGUAUAAUAUGUUCAGUGAUUUUAAACUCUCUACACACACACACACACACACACACACACA